CCGAGUCCGAGUCGCUUGGAAUUCUCUUGUUCCUCCAGUCCAGAGUUGCAGAGCACCCGGCGAUCGAGAUGGCUCCCACCAUUCCACCCACCACCGAGGAGGAGGAGGAGGAGGAAGGGCCUGCGAGAGAGAAGAGUAGGCGCAGAGGGAAGUGGCCCUUGUCCGACCAGGUCAAGAUCCUGAGCGCCCUCGCCGCUCAUCGUCAAGCUGGCGAGGAGCUACCGUCGGGGCGCGCGCUCUUGGAUGAAGUGAAGCAGCAGCUGAGCCGGGAGAGGUUCACCGCGAGGGACCUUGACAAGAAGGUGUCCCACCUCAGGGACAGGUACAUCGACCACAUCUACAAGCCACCGCCCGCUCGCCGCCGUCCACACCAACACCACACCACGCUCUUCGACCUCUCCCGCAAGGUCUGGCCCCAGUUCCAGCAUCCCCCACAAGCUCAAGCUGUGCACAUCUCCUCCCAUGGCGCCGACUCGGCCUCGGGCCCCAUCGUCAUCUCAUCCGACGACAGCUCCGGCGAUCACAUCGUCAUCUCAUCCAAGGCUGCAGCCGCUAUGGCUCCCACCGUACCCUUGGCCUCUCCAACUCCAACCAUCGUCAUCAUCUCCUCCUCAUCCUCCUGGACCUCCUCCUCUUCUUCCACCACCAGCACAGGCUCAGUCUCAGUCGGCGGUGAUGAGGAAGCCACCAGCAGGUUGAGGAGGGGGCCCUACCGCUGCUGGGCGGUGGACGACGAGAUCAAGAUCAUCGACACCAUCGCCGCGCUCCGAAGGGACAACAUGGGCAACAUGCCGUACGCCGCCGUGCUCCUCCGGGCGCUCCAGGCCGCCGACCCACCGCUCCUCCGCCCUUGCCUCGACGCCGCCACCCUCUCCCAGAAGGUGUACCGCCUCAAGAUCAAGUUCAGAUCCGCUGCCAUGGCUGCUGCCACCAACGCCGGCAAGAAGCGCCUGCGCAACAAACGCAACAAGGCUCUCUACCACCACUCCAAGAAGGCGUGGCCGGAGGAGCUACGCCAGGCCAAAGCUACCGCCGCCAACAACAUCCAAGUCCGCCGUCUCCGUACAUCCUACGGCGGCACCAGGGUUGGCUUCUCAUCUCUCUCAUCCAUCUCACCACAAUAGGUAUCUUUAUAUGUGCUAGCUAGUUUCUGAUCCCAAAGUUAAGUAGUAGUAUAUAUUGUAUUGUGAUGUCCAAAUGUCUCUAAAUAGUUAUAAAUGGCUAGGUACUACUUAGAUCUAUCUACCACUAAUCGUAAUUAUCGUCUUGUGUUUAUCACCUCUUUAAUAGAAAGCCAACUGUAUUAGUACAUAGUAUGUUUGGAUUAUGGAGUACUGGAGUGGUAUAUAUAAA